AUGGCUAAGAAUCCUAUCAUGCCUUGGCUCAUACCAUCCCUCCUCCUCUUCCUGACUCAUGGCAUCCUGUUUUUCUUGCCCAAUGCCACCCACUUGGAAAACAUCCUUAGUCAAUACCAAGAUGGGCAACCGCACUCAAGGGCCAAGAGAUCAAUUUCCCAAACUGACCAAGAUGAAAUCCUGAUGCUUCACAAUAAAUUGAGAGGGGAAGUCUACCCUUCAGCAUCCAACAUGGAAUACAUGAAAUGGGAUGAAGAGCUGGAGAGAUCUGCUGAAUCUUGGGCUCACCAAUGCAUCUGGGACCAUGGGCCGGUCAGUCUUCUCCCAUCCAUCGGCCAGAACUUGGCUGUUCACUGGGGAAGGUAUCGUUCCCCAAGUUUUCACGUCCAGUCUUGGUACGACGAAGUAAAAUAUUACACCUACCCAUAUCCCCAGGAAUGCAACCCUUGGUGUCCCGACCGAUGUUCAGGACCCAUGUGCACACAUUACACACAGGUGGUCUGGGCAACCACCAACAAAAUCGGCUGUGCCAUUAACGUCUGCAAGAGGAUGGACGUGUGGGGAGAAGUGUGGGAGAAUGCGGUGUACCUGGUCUGCAACUAUUCUCCCAAAGGCAACUGGAUUGGAGAAGCCCCGUAUAAAAAUGGCAGAUCCUGUUCUGAAUGCCCACCUAGCUAUGGAGGAGGGUGUAAGGCUAACCUCUGUUAUAAAGAGAAAGUAUCCGGAAAGUCUGAGGCCGAUCGGGCUAACGAAGUGGAGUUACAAAAGGUUCCGAAUCGAAUACAGCCCAAAACUGUAAAACCUACCAAGGAAAAGAAACCCACUGAGUUGACCUACAUGACUCAAGUGAUCAAGUGUGACACCAAAAUGAGGGACACGUGUCGAGGAACCACGUGUAACAGGUAUUUGUGCCCAGCUGGUUGCUUGAACAGUAAGGCAAAAGUAUUUGGAUUCCCCAAAUAUGAAAGUGCAUCCAGCAUAUGUCGAGCAGCUAUUCAUUCUGGAGCAUUAGAUAACAGAGGAGGCCUAGUAGAUAUUACUAGAAAAGGAAGAUCAGAUUUCUUCAUCAUGUCUAUAAGAAAUGGAGUUCAAACACUCAGCAAAUACAAGCCUUCCAACGGUUUUGCUGUGUCAAAAGUCACAGUGCAAACUUUGGAUUGUUACACCACAGUGGAAGAACUGUGUCCAUUCAAGAAGCCAACUACUCACUGCCCGAGGUCUUACUGCCCAGCUUACUGCAAAAACGAGCCAAACCACUGGGCUACUGUAUACGGCACAAACAUUUACGCAGAUAAUUCCAGCAUCUGCAAAGCUGCGGUUCACGCAGGAGUCAUCGGAGACAGUGCUGGCGGUUACGUCGACGUGAUGCCGGUCGAUAAGAAGAAAGUCUACAAUGGAUCCUUGAGGAACGGGAUCCGGUCUGAAAGCUUAAAGACUCCCAGGGAAGGAAAAGCUUUCCGGAUCUUUGCUGUAAGGCAAUAAUUCCCCCAAGACGAUGAGACUCUUUGUGGAGAGAGAGAGAGAGACUGCGGCCUUGUGUGUUUCUCCUUGGGUGAGAGAUGUCUGCCCCACCUUGACCAUGACAAAGCCCUCAAAACUCAUCUUCUUUUGGAGGAAAACAAAAAAGAUGGCAGCAGGAAUCAGAACUUUCCACAUCUCAACCACCUCUGCCCACUGUUUUUAUUUUCAGGCUAUUGUUAUUCUACUUCCAAAUGUUUCAAACUUUCAAGAAGAAGGAAGAUGGCUCAAGUUGAGGAGAAAAGAUGGUUGAAAAACUGGCUUGCCCCACCCUUGCUAUGGACAAAUAUAGAACCCAUUGGGGCUCUCGUAAGAUGCUACUUCCAGGAGGUGAAUGUUUAUCUGAUCAGUAGGCUUUGGAUGAGAACAUAGAAAACAUUCAGGUCACCCCCAAAGGCUAAAUUUUUUAAAAAGUUGGAUCAAAGUCAAGAAUAUACUUGGAAUCCAAGUCACCUAGUGAUACCUUGAACGGUGUGGUGAUUUAGGAAAGGUUUAGACCACGCUCAACAACUAACGUAGAUUUCUUUUGAGGGAGACUGGGAGGGAGGCAUUGCAUUUCCAGAAAAGAAUCUGCUUUUGCGAAAACAUUUUUGGAAAGGUUACUAUUCCUCUCAAAAGAAAACUUAAAUGGAACACAUAGGUUUGCUGGCCAAACAAUUGCAGAAAGUUAGGAAAACGGGGUUCAAUUAUCAGCAAAUAAAGUCCUUGGGACCCUCCCUGCUGUCUUGGCACAUUCUGAUUCACUGCAUGUUAGUUAGCAUUAAUUUUAUUUACAGAUGAAUCCAACUUAGUUUAUUCAGCAGAGCUGUUCUCGCUUAACUAAGCAAUGGCUGCCUAAAGUUGAUCUUUAUUUGGCUGGAAAAAUGAUUUUUGCUUUACUUGUUUAUUUGUAUAGAUUGGAAGCUUGAUACAUUAAGUUGGUCGCAGCGUGUACAUUAUGAAGCCCGGCUAGAACGAUUCUGUUUUCUGAUACUUAGUACGAUUCCUGUAGAUCAAACCCAAAUCUCCAAUGUUGUCCUAAUAAAAUAGUUGCUUUGAGCCCCAGUGGCGCAGUGGUUAGAAUGCAGUACUGCAGGCUACUUCUGCUGACUGGCGGCUGCCUGCAAUUCGGCAGUU